UGGAACACACACACUACUGCGACUGCUAGUGCUCUGGUCUUACAUUCGACGAACUGAUCGAUAUUCGAUACGACGUCUCCUCCUACCUGGAGCUUGGGAAAAAUGGAGAGCGACUGCCAGUUCUUGGUGGCGCCGCCGCAGCCGCACAUGUACUACGACACGGCGGCGGCGGCGGUGGACGAGGCGCAGUUCUUGCGGCAGAUGGUGGCCGCGGCGGAUCACCACGCGGCCGCCGCUGGGAGAGGAGGCGGCGACGGCGACGGCGGCGGCGGCGGCGGCGGUGGCGGGGAGAGGAAGCGGCGGUUCACGGAGGAGCAGGUGCGGUCGCUGGAGACGACGUUCCACGCGCGGCGGGCCAAGCUGGAGCCGCGGGAGAAGGCGGAGCUGGCGCGGGAGCUCGGGCUGCAGCCGCGCCAGGUGGCCAUCUGGUUCCAGAACAAGCGCGCCCGGUGGCGCUCCAAGCAGAUCGAGCACGACUACGCCGCGCUCCGCGCCCAGUACGACGCCCUCCACGCCCGCGUCGAGUCGCUCAGGCAGGAGAAGCUCGCCCUCGCAGACCAGGUGGAUGAGCUGAGGGGGAAGCUGAACGAGCGGCAAGACCAGAGCGGCAGCUGCGACGGCGGCGGCGCCGAAGGGGACGACGACGACAAGAGGAAUAGCGUGAUGAACGCGAGCAGCAGCGGCCUCGUGGAGGAGGACUACGUGAGCUGCCUCGCGGUGCCGGUGGUGGACGUCUCGGAGGACGGCUCGGCGGCGUGCGGCGGGUCGUCGUACGAGUACGACCAUCACCUAGACUACUUGGGCGGCGGCCAGCUGCCCGAUCCGUUCUGCGGCAUGCCGGAUCUGUGGGAGAUAUGGCCAAUGGUGGAAUGGAACGCAGUAGCAUGAUCAUGCUAAUCAAUCAGCGUAGCAUACAGUAUAUAAAUAUAUAUGUGUAUGAGUACGUGUUGUAUUGGGUCUAUAUAGAUAUUUUGCUGCUGUUGCUGCUGCUGGCUUGUGCAGUCAGUUGGUCCGGAGAGAUCGACUAGAGCCGCGGCGCUCGUAAGCUAGACGGGAGAGCAGAUUAGAGAUGGAGGAUGCAACCGGCCGGCCGGCAAACCAUGCAACAAUGCAAAUCCACACAUGCAUUGCGUUGCACAGAUAGAAAUCCUCCGGCCGGUCGAUCGCCGAGUCUUGCUGCUUGUUAUGCUAGGAUGCUACAUUAAUUAUUCAUGUUCGUGAAUCUGGCUCCCCUGCCUCGGAGCCCGUUCGUGCACAUAUGUGAAACAUAUAUAUCAACGCUGCGCAUGUGUGCCAUGCCCAUGCGCAUGCCGGCGCUUGUCGUCCAUGCUUUGAA